CGUGUGCUUUGAUUACAUAACAAGCUCAACUCAACAAGACAGAGGAGGUCGAAGUAUGGAUAUCGUGGAUUUAGAGACAGUCCAAGAAAGCAAUGGGAGUCCUGGCCGUCAGCUAAAAGUUGUUCCGUCCAAGAAUGAAGCAAAUAACGUUCACGUUUCAACUGCCUUUAUCACCAUCAAUGACUCAAAGAGUUUUGGUUCACAAGGUAUAAGCUUUAAUGGUAUAGGGUAUGAGAUAGGACAGUGGAGGUGCUGCAAGAGGCUACCAAAUAAAACGAUACUACAAGACAUCACUGGACUAAUGGAGCCUGGACUUAACGCUAUCAUGGGACCAACUGGCAGUGGAAAAACAAGUCUCUUGGACAUAUUGGCUGGUCGUAAAGGAAAGAAAGGUAUUGCUGGUAAAGUAUUGAUCAAUGGAGAGAGACAGCCUGAUAACUUUAAGUGUGCCAGUGGAUAUGUUGUUCAAGAUGAUGUGGUGAUGGGUACUCUAACAGUUCGUGAGAAUCUUUAUUUCUCUGCUGCCCUCCGUCUGCCCAACACAAUGACGUGGGAAGAGAAGAAGGAAAGAGUUAAAAAGACGAUUGAUGAGCUUGGACUGAAUGAGUGUGCUGAUACUAAGGUUGGUACAGAGUUCUUUAGAGGAAUAAGCGGAGGAGAGAGAAAGAGGACUAACAUUGGUAUGGAGCUCAUAAUAGAGCCUCAGUUCCUCUUUCUUGAUGAACCAACUACAGGGCUUGAUGCAUACACUGCUGAGUCUGUAGUGCAGCUAUUGAAACACAUAUCUUCAGUCAAUAAUCGUGUUGUUGUACUCUCCAUUCAUCAGCCUCGCUACUCCAUUUAUAAACAAUUUGAUACACUCACUCUGUUGUCACAAGGUGAGAUGGUGUAUCAUGGAAGACGGUAUGAAGUAUUGGAACACUUUAACAGAUUGGGUUAUGCGUGUGAGGAACAUGACAAUCCUGCAGAUUUCUUAUUGGAUGUCAUCAAUCGCUGUGAAAGAGAAAUGAAGAAACAAUCCAACACUAAGAUUGAUGAGUCUGGUUGUGCUCUUGCUUCAAGCUAUACUCGCUCACAAUUGGGUCAGGACAACGCUAAGAAAUCGAGCAUCAUAAUAGAGGAGUUUAAGGAGAGAGAGAAACAAGAAGGAGUCAAGAUACGCUCUCAGUAUGGAUAUGUAACCAAUGUAUUUUGGCAGUUAUUUGUUGUCAUUGUGAGGUCCAUCUUGAAUAUAUUGCGUAAUCCUCAACUCUCAGUUAUACAGAUUAUUGUUAAUAUCAUAUUUGGUGUUGUGGUUGGUGCGUUGUAUUUUGAUAUUGACACUGGACCCAAUGGAUAUCAGAACAGGAUUGGUGCAAUCUUCUUCAUGGUAAUGAAUCAGAUAUUUAGCAACAUGAAUGCUGUGGAUAUUUUCAUAAGGCAGAAAGCAUUGUUCAUACACGAGAAUGCUAGUGGUUUCUAUCGUGUAUCAGUUUAUUUCGUUGCUAAACUAUUGUGUGACAUAUUCCCUCUGAGACUCAUACCUCUCAUCUUCUUUUCAACUGUUGCAUAUUUCAUGUUAGGAUUUCAGGUUGCUGCUGACAAGUUCUUCAUAUUCUUCCUGACACUCUUCCUGACCACACUUGCUGCCUCUUCCAUUGCUUUUCUAUUCAGUGCCAUGUUCCGUGUGACUGGUCUUGCUACUCUGUUUGUUGCCAUGUCAUUUGUCAUUCAAAUGUUGUUUGGUGGUUUUCUGAUCACUUUGGAGUCAUUGCCUGUUUGGAUAAGAUGGUUCCAAUACUUUUCAGUCUUCAGAUAUGCUGUUGAGGCAUUGGUUGUUAACGAAGUGGAUGGUCUUGUCUUUGAUCUCACAUUUAAUAAUACAGUCCGUUCUGUCCCGGGUGAGGAAUUGCUUGAAAUACAAGGAUUCAAUCCAGACUGGUUGUUCUAUGACUGGAUUGGACUGGCUGGAAUUGUAACGAUAUUCUUCUCUCUAACUUACUUGACCCUGAGGUUACUGAAAAAAGAAAAGUAGAGAAAACUUACAGUCUGCAUGCCUAACUCAAUAUAUGUAGCUAAUCUCAUCAUUUAAUGAUUUAUUAUUUUUCUACCAUUUCAUAAUAAUACUGUGGGCUGGUUUUAUUCUUAGGUCCAGCUAUUAUUAUUAAUAA